UCAGCUGUGCUUCUGAUGUGGAGAAUAUUUGUUAUACAUUAUAAGUUAACCUACAAAUAAAUGUUUCUCAUAAUCUGUCAAAUAUCAUAUAAUUUGAAUUGUGCAUUUUGCAAUAUAUAAAUACCUGUUUCCUAGACCAAGAGAAAUAUGUUAAAGUGCACUUGAAAUCGUUGCAAAAAGAGAAAUUUUACAUAAACAUAAUGUUACUAAACAUUUGUAUUCAUGGUAACUGUCAUAAUUUAUCAAGAUUUAUUAUUGUAAAUUCAUAUUCCAGAAUGCAUUAAAAUGAUAACAAAAUAUAAAAGUAAUAUUAUAAAGAGGAAUUGUUUGUUUAAUGAAAAAGGUAAAAACUUUGUGAACAAUGAACAACAUUACAGGACAAUUUCGUAAAACAAUGUGGGAUCCAAUUCUCAUAAUAUCCCAAAUAAUAGCUGUACAAACUGUAAUGUAUUUUUGCCUUGGAUUAUGGAUCUGGGUUGUUGCAUCUUUGAUAGGAACAACAAAAUCAUUGGAUUAUGCUUUUCAUUAUAAAGAAAUACAUGUUAGAGAUUUUACAGGACAAUUUAUAAUAGUAAUUUUUGUCUUAAAUGCAUUAAUCGGAGCAUUUGCAUUAUGGUGGUUAGUGCAAAGAACAAAACAGUGUAUGGAUUUUGCUUGUACAGCACAUUUGAUACAUUUGUUAUGCUGUUGGGUGUAUAAUGCAAGUUUUCCCUCAAGUUUCAGCUGGUGGUGUCUAAAUAUUGUAUCUUUAAGUAUAAUGUGUGUUUGUGGUGAAUUCCUUUGUAUGAAGACAGAAUUACAGGCAAUACCAUUGGGUAUAAAUAAUCAAAAAACAGCUUUGUAAAAAGAAAUUGUUAUUAUAAAGACAAAGUUUUAUUUAAAUAAA